AUGUCGGAGGAACCGACCCCGGGCCUCAAGGAGAUCCCGCCUGCGCCGCAGGCCGGCCCCCGCGAGGUGUGGAAGAAGGGCGGCCGCCUGCUGUCGGUGCUGCUGGCGGUGAACGUGCUGCUGCUCGCCUGCACGCUCAUCAGCGGGGGUGCCUUCAACAAGGUGGCUGUGUACGACACCGACGUGUUCGCGCUGCUCACCACCAUGAUGCUGCUGACCGUCCUCUGGAUCCUCUUCUACCUCCUCCGCACUGUGCGUUGCCCGGACGCUGUGCCCUACCGGGACACGCAUGCUGGCCCCAUCUGGCUCCGAGGUGGCCUGGUGCUGUUUGGAAUCUGCACUCUUGUCAUGGAUGUCUUCAAGACUGGCUACUACUCCAGUUUCUUUGAGUGCCAGUCAGCCAUCAAGAUCCUGCACCCCCUCAUCCAGGCUGUGUUUGUCAUUGUCCAGACUUACUUCCUCUGGGUCUCCGCUAAAGACUGCAUUCAUGUCCACUUGGAUCUGACUCGGUGUGGGCUCAUGUUCACUCUUACCACCAACCUGGCCAUCUGGAUGGCAGCCGUGGUGGACGAGUCUGUGCACCAGGCUCACUCCUACAGCAGUGCUCACGGCAACAGCAACACCAGCCACGCCCGCCUCACCCCUGACCCUGAGCGUGCAGGCAGCGCCGUCGGAGGAGACCCCUGCCCCUGCGACACAACCAUCUGCCAGAUCUUCCAGCAGGGGUACUUCUACCUGUACCCCUUCAACAUCGAGUACAGCCUCUUCGCCUCCACCAUGCUYUACGUCAUGUGGAAGAACGUGGGCCGGCUGCUGGCCUCCCCCCACGGCCACGGCCACAGCCCCUCCCAGGUCAGCCUAUUCCGAGAGACAUUUUUCGCUGGCCCCAUGCUGGGCCUGGUGCUCUUCGUGGUGGGGCUGGCCGUCUUCAUCAUCUACGAGGUCCAAGUGAGUGGAGAGGGCGGCCGCACCCAGCAGGCCCUGGUCACCUACUACAGCUUCAACAUCGUCUGUCUGGGGCUCAUGACUUUGGUCAGCCUGAGCGGCUCCGUCAUCUACCGUUUUGACCGCCGGGUCAUGGACCACCAUAAGAACCCCACACGCACACUGGACGUGGCCCUGCUGAUGGGCGCCGCCCUGGGUCAGUACGCCAUUUCCUACUACUCCAUUGUGGCUGUGGUGGUGGGCACGCCCAGAGACCUGCURGGGGCACUGAACCUGGCCCACGCUCUGCUCAUGAUUGCCCAGCACACCUUCCAGAAUGUGUUCAUCAUCGAGAGCCUCCACCGGGGACCACCCGGGGCUGAGCCUCAGGAAACCCUCCCCAAAGAGCCCUGCCAAGGCCUUACCUUUGCGAACCUGGAUGCCCUCCACUCCUUGCCUGCCUGCCCACCCAUCCCCAGGCUGGUCAGCCCCAGCUCAGAUGGACCUCAGGAAGCAGGGGCCAUCAUCUUGGCCCCUCGGGGCCACUGGAGAAGCCGGUGCCUAAAAGACAUCUCUCUGUUUCUCCUGCUCUGCAAUGUCAUUCUGUGGAUCAUGCCAGCCUUCGGGGCCCGCCCUCACUUCAGCAAUACCGUGGAGGUGGACUUCUACGGCUACUCUCUCUGGGCGGCCAUCGUCAACAUCUGCCUGCCUUUUGGGAUCUUCUACCGCAUGCACGCUGUCUCCAGCCUGCUGGAGGUCUACGUGCUGUCCUGA